AAACGGAUACAUACACUCGCUGGGGCUCAUUUUCUCGCUAUUUGAAGCUGUGACUUGUACGAGUCGAUUAAGUCGAGAAAUCUACUCUUGCGAACAACUAUAGUGUUCCAGUAAAACAAACGUUUUAUCAUUUAAGUGUUUCGAGUCCAAGCUCUGCUAUUCUGUAAUACAGAAAGUUUUCACUUUCCAAUACAUUCUAGGCUUCCUUCAUGAAAAUGGGAAAAGAUUAUUACAAAAUUCUUGGAAUAUCAAAAUCAGCUACUGAUGAUGAAAUCAAGAAGGCAUACCGUAAACUGGCAUUGAAAUACCACCCUGAUAAAAAUAAAGCACCAGGUGCAGAAGACAAAUUUAAGGAGGUAGCAGAAGCAUAUGAAGUUUUAAGUGACAAAAAGAAGAGAGAUGUCUUUGAUCAGUAUGGAGAAGAAGGAUUAAAGGGUGGAUUGGGAAGUGGUGGUGGCGGCGGAGGAGGAGGCGGCGGCGGUCCGGGUGCCAGCUUUUCCUACGCCUAUCAUGGUGAUCCAAGGGCCACGUUUGCUCAAUUCUUCGGUUCAUCCAACCCUUUUGAAUCCUUCUUCACAAUGGGUGGAAUGGGUCAACAGCAGCAAGGUGGAAACAGAGGAUUCUUUCCAGAAGGUGGUGAAGACAUGGAUGUGGAUGACCCUUUUAUCAACUUGGGAUUUGGAGGAAGAAAUCCCGGGGGAGCUUUCCGAUCUCAGAGUUUCAACAUGCACGGGCCAGGAAUGGGAAAAGAGAAAGUACAAGAUCCGCCAAUUGAAUACGACCUUAACGUCACAUUAGAAGAAGUUCUUAAAGGAUGCACCAAAAAGAUGAAAAUCUCCCGUAAAGUUUACCAGGCAGAUGGCACGUCUAAAAAAGAAGACAAAGUAUUAACCAUAAACGUCAAGCCAGGCUGGAAAGCAGGAACAAAAAUCACGUUCCAGCGAGAAGGGGACCAGACGCCCAACAAGAUACCCGCAGAUAUUGUUUUCAUCAUACGAGACAAACCUCACGGGCUGUUGAAGAGGGAUGGCUGCGAUCUGCGCUACACUUCCAAAGUUUCCCUUAGAGAGGCUCUUUGCGGAACGCUCGUCGAGGUACCCACUUUAACAGGAGAGAAGAUCCCUGUGGACAUGCUGAACGAAAUAAUAAAGCCUUCCACAAGCAAAAGAAUAGUUGGUCAAGGAUUACCUAUACCCAAAGACCCAACGAAGAGAGGAGAUUUGAUUGUAAAUUUUGACAUCAAGUUUCCCGAUCACCUGGCGCAGAGCGUGAAAGAUAUCUUACACGACACAUUGCCUAAAUAAAGACUGAUUUUUUUUUCUUCAAAUAUAUCGUAUUUGUAAACGGCGGGCGACGAGCUACGAGAAGUGUUUUCGGGAAGAACAAGUAAUCGAGCAUAAAUUCACUAAUUCGUUUUGGUUAAAUAAUUGGCUACGCUUUUGUUACACUGAAUCUAUGAAAAUAUUGAGCUGUAUAUGUGUUAAAGUGUACAAUGUUUCUCACCUUAAAAACUUAAGAAAUAGACUAUUUCAUUACA